AUGGGUAAUCUCUGUGGAAAACAGUCAAGCGACAACUUUGAGGGUCAAGGUCGGACCCUAGGUUCUGCGCCCGCGCCGGCUACGAAAGCGUCGAUUCCGAGCAAUGUUGCGCCGAAGAGGACGGUCGGAGGACCACCACGGACGUUAGGAGAGAGUAAUGUCGAGAAUGAUCCAAAGGCGGCGGCUGCAGCGGCUGCAGAGGCCCGCAACAACAAAACCACCUCUGGCGAUCUCCAAAAGAAGCUCGACGCGCAAAAACGCCAAACAAACAACCAAACGCUGCAACAAGCCGCAGAAGAGAACCGACGAGCGCGCGAAGCAGAUCAAGCGACCGAGACGCGGAAUUACAACUGA